AUGCAGAAUCAAGAUGCUGUCAUCAAGAAACUAGAGACACAAAUUGGGUACCUAUUCAAGCAGAUUCCCAGCCACAACCUUUGCAGCGAUACUCACUCAAACCAGAGGGAGGAGUGUCAAGCUAUCACCCUCAGGAGUGGGAAGGAACUAAAGGAAUCCUCCCAGAAACCACAAGAAGAGCGCUCGAAUGAAAAAGAAGAAAAGCAAGAUGGAGCUCAAGCUUCCAUUUCAAGUUCGCAAAAAGAAGGAGGAAUGCUGAAGCUAGACGCCCCAAGAGUCCCAUACCCUCAGCAGUUGAGGAAGAAGGGGGAUGACAACCAAUUCUUGAGAUUUUUGGAAAUCUUCAAGAAACUACAAAUCAACAUUCCCUUUGCUGAAGCAAUAGAACAAAUGCCACUCUACGCCAAGUUUUUAAAGGAGCUAAUGACUAAGAAGAGAAGCUGGAAGAACAACGCGACUGUGAUUUUAACCGAAGAAUGUAGUGCUAUCAUUCAGCAUAAACUUCCCCAGAAAUUGAAAGAUCCUGGGAGCUUCCAGAUCCCAUGUAUUAUAGGGGAAAUCACAGUAGAGAAGGCUCUAUGUGACUUAGGAACUAGCAUCAACUUGAUGUCAGUAGCUAUGAUGAGGAAGAUGAAGAUCGAGGAGGCUAAACCAACAAAAAUGGCCUUACAACUGGCAGACCGAUCGUUCAAGUUCCCUCGUGGCGUAGUAGAAGAUUUGCUGGCGAAAGUGGGAGAUUUUAUAUUCCCAGCAGAUUUUGUAGUGCUGGAUAAGCAGGAGGAAGCCAAGGCCUCCAUCAUCCUGGGAAGGCCGUUCUUAGCCACUGCUGGAGCUGUCAUUGAUGUCCAAAAGGGUGAUCUCACCCUAAGAUUACACAAUGAAAAGAUGACAAUCAAUGUGUUCAAGGCCAUGAGUUACCCACCAGAACAAUUGAGGGAAUGUAUGAGGUUGGACUCACUUGAAGAGGAAAUGCAGGAGAGUUUUGAAGAGGAAGAACCUGAAGAGUUAACAGAGGAGGAGUCAACAUCUAGUGAAGAGGUUGCAACAAUGGAGAUUCGCAUAUAA